GGGCAGCAGUAUCCGAAGAAGAUAACGCCAUAGCGGGGCUGUGGGUAAAUCCCUGCAUCGGGUGCUCGCGAGGGCUGUUGUGAUGGUUCAGGCAUGGGUAAACUAACGUGUCUCAUCUACUAAUCACAAACCCACGACAGCGGCGGUUUUUACAACCGGUAUAUAAUCGCUUUCGCCUCGGACGACUUCCACGUGCCCUCAUCGUUAUGUUUGACGACCUCGAUCACGACAUGGAGUCAUCAUCGAGCGCAAGACCGGCUGAUACUCAGCGCUCAACGCCUCACUCGGCAAGCGCAGGCACGUUCCCAUCAACGCCUGACUCACUCAAGACACCAAUCCCGCCAGCAGCAACAGCAGAUCCUGAAAUCGUCCCACAGCUUCAGAAUAUCGUCUCAACAGUAAACCUCGACUGCAAGUUGGACCUGAAGAAGAUCGCCUUGCAUGCCCGAAAUGCGGAGUACAAUCCCAAGCGUUUCGCUGCUGUUAUCAUGCGCAUCCGAGAGCCCCAAACCACAGCUCUGAUUUUUGCCUCGGGGAAGAUGGUGUGCACCGGAGCCAAAAGUGAAGAUCAAUCAAGGAUGGCAGCAAGAAAGUAUAGCCGGAUCGUCCAGAAGUUGGGCUUUGAUGUGAAGUUUCUCGCUUUCAAGAUUCAGAACAUGGUCGGCAGCUGCGAUGUCCGUUUUCCCAUAGAUCUGGAAGAGCUUCAACGGAUGCACAGCCAAUUUGCUAGUUACGCGCCUGAGCUGUUUCCAGGACUUUUCUACCGCAUGGUCAAGCCCCGUGUUGUCCUGCUUAUCUUCGUAUCGGGAAAAAUUGUGCUCACAGGAGCCAAGGAACGGUCUCAAAUUUAUGAGGCGUUUGAAAACAUUUAUCCAACAUUGAAGAGCUUCCGCAAGCAUGGCAGCUAUAGUGGGAGGACUUGAUGUGGCCCAUCAGCAUCAUUUGCAGUGUGUAAAUCAACGUCAUGGUCCAAUUCUUCAGCCGAGGUCACAUCGACUUUCUGUGAAAGAACUUGCAUGUGCCUGAAUAAAUUAUACGACAUGAUUCUCGACGCAUCGUGCGUUCCAUUAAAAAUAAGAAAAAAAAACUGCACAUUGUGUUGGAUCUUGAUGCAGGCUUUCCCGUGAAACAUAAGCAAUUUUUAUGGGAACACACAAUACCAGUGAUACACUUGUAUAUACUUGUAAAUAAGAAAAGGACAAUAUCAGAAUAAUACCUUAUCAUCUCCUCGAUCUGUGUAAGCUAAAUUGCGGCAGUUCUGUUUUAAACGAAUAUUUUGUUUCAAUUUCUGUUCU